CUUUAACACCUGGUCGUGGUACAAUCAACAGCCAAGCCAUGGAGAUAGGGAUGAACAUCACCAAAUAUCUUCUUUUCGCAUUCAACUUAAUAUUUGCGUUAUCAGGACUUGCAGUAAUCAUGGUUGGUGUCCUGGUACUGUCAGAAGUUGGGAGUUACAGCCAUUUCUUAGAGAACAAGGUGCUGGCGCCUCCUAUAGUACUCAUUGUAGCGGGAGGAAUUGUAUUCUUUAUCGCUUUCCUUGGAUGUUGUGGUGCAAUAAAGGAGAAUUACUACAUGCUCAUUGCGUUUGCUGUAUUGCUGAUGGUGAUAUUUAUUGUUGAGUUGGCUGUGGGAAUCGCAGCAUCUGUGGCCAAGGAUGAGUUUGCUUCUGCAAUGCGAGGAACUCUAAACCGUUCCAUGGGCAACUACACUCAAUCCCGCACUGACCAGUCUGCAUGGGACACCAUGCAGAGGAAGCUCAAGUGCUGUGGAGUGGACGGACCUCAAGGGUGGUCCACCGUGUUUGCUGAUGGCAAUGUCCCAGCAUCCUGCUGUGUGGCCAAUGUACAGAAUGACCCCAACGCUCUGUGUAGAAAUUCUGAUGAUUCAGCCUUGGUCUUCCAGAGUGGCUGCUAUGAGAAACUGAAAAAUAAAACCAAAGACAAUAUUGUUAUUAUUAUGGGAGUUGGCAUUGGGAUUGCAUUUGUUGAGUUGGCAGGUGUUAUUCUAGCAUGCUGUCUAGCAAACGCUAUCAAGAAAGAAGAGGAACUAAAGUAAGCCUAGAACUAUUAAAGCAUGAAACUCCACGCAAAUGGAAUGUUUCAAACUAGCAGCAUGUUUUUCAAAUUCAUACUUUACUUGAAAGUUUUUUAAGUGUUUUGCUAUGGUUACUGUAAUUUGUGGUUUAUUUGGGUAUGUUUUAUGCACAACCCAGCUCAGGUGAGACUGGGCAGCACAUAUCUGUACCUGUGUAACAGUAAUAAAGCAUUCUGAAAGGUUUCAAGUUAGAUUUACAUUAACAA